AUGAAGGUUUCUUCCUCCGUCGUUAUCCUGGCUGCCGCCCUCGGCGUCUCUGCCCACCCCAGCGGUCACGCUCACCAGCGCGCCCACGGUCGCCGUGACUUUGUCGUCGCCAACAAGCCCGUCACCGUCACCGAGUACGCCACCCAGGUCGUCGGCCAGGCUGCCCCUACCGCCCCCGCCCAGGUGAACCAGGCCGCCUACGAGGCCCCCGCUUCAAGCAAGGAGGCUGCUGCUCCCGCUACCUCCUCCGCCGCUGAGUCCGGCUCCGACUCUGGUGCUGGCUACAAGGAGUUCUGCGGCGGCAAGAAGUCCAAGCGUGCCACCGUUGAGCAGAUCGCCUACAAGGGCAACACCGGUACCUCUGACGACUACGGCUGCAACAUCAUGGCCGUCGACUCUUCGGUUGCCGACGAGUACAAGUACACCGCCACUUUCAAGAACGCCGGUUCCAAGGCCCAGCAGUGCGUCUGCUUCAACAAGAUUGGCCCUGAUGGUGGUAUCAACGGCUUCUGGAAGGGCAACCAGGCCAUCACCUUCAACCUCGCCGGCAAGGGCUCCCAGGUCAUCGCCUUUGACGAGAACUCCCAGGGUGGUUGCGCCUGCGGCGUCGGCUCCGUCCCCACCACCGCCAUCGGCCAGUUCGCCUCCACCUGGCUCGAGUUUGACUUUGGCAACGAGUCCAACAAGAAGUGGUCCGGUGCUGAUGCUUCCUGCCUCGUCUCCGCCGCCGAGAACCUCGACAUUCCCGGUCUCCAGGUCUGCGGCCACGGCACCUGCUCCACCAUCUACCCCGGUGGCACUGGUGAGAACGCCUACCUCGGUGGCAUGGAGGACCUCGACGGCAUCGGCCUCAACCUCCCCGCCGGCAAGGCCCGCCUCACUGUCACCGUCGCCUAUUCUAAGUAA